AGUCAGUAACUGACGUCAGUGUAGGCGCCGAAAACUGACGCGUGCUAUUUACACGAAGUCAGUGUAGUGUCAGUGUUUCGUCAGUAGUACUGUACUGACUUCAAAUCAAUUUACACGAUGGCAGUGCCGGGUCAGCACUGACUUGUCAGUGGACUGACGUCAGUUACUGACUCAAUGUAAAUCAGCCAUUCCGUGUCCACAAUAAAUAAUAUUUACAACAAAAAUAAUACAAUAAUGUCAGAUAUCCUGAAACCACACGUCAAGUGGAUAGAAGGUAGAUGUUAUAGAGUAAAUGAUGCUGCAAUAGACACGACGACUUUCCAAGAACAUGAUUUAUAUGAAAAUGAUGUUGUCCACAAUGAGGUUCUUGAUGAAGGAGAUGAUGAUGAUUUUGAAGUGACCAUGGUAGAUAACUCUCGAUACAGGACCAGUCUACAUGUUUCAAAACAUUACGUUGGAUCCAUCAUAGGGAAAAAAGGUGCCAUGAAAAUGAGAAUAGAGAGGGAUACAAAGACAGACAUUAAGAUACCAAAACAAGGGCAAGAAGGUGAUAUAGUUAUAUUUGGGCCAACUGAAAUGAGUGUAAAAGCAGCUAGGAGACGCAUAAACAUAAUAGUAAUGUCAUCAAGAAUGAAACAGAAAUCAACACAUUUCAUAUCAAUUCCUAUGAACAGCACAGAUAUACAGCAAAGAUUUGAAGAGUUUCAGACUAGCGUUUUACGGGACUGCCCUAGUAGUAGAGGUCUUGAUAAAUCUCUAUUUAUCAAACCCAAUAAGUUACAUCUCACACUUGGCGUCAUGUGCUUGAUGGACAACGAAGAAAGACUGUUUGCAUCCAAACUACUUACAGAGGCUAAAGAAAAAAUUGUUAUGCCCAUGCUUGCAGGCCAUUUACCCCUGAAGAUAAGACUCAAAGGACUAUCGUACAUGAACGAUGAUCCAUCACAAAUUGAUGUUUUGUAUGGACUAGUUGAGGAAGAGGGAAGUGCAAGGGGAUUGAUUCAACAGCUAGCUGAUGCAUUGGUGGAAUAUUUUUAUAGAGCAGGCUACAUGGACAGGGAAUACGACAGAGACAAUGUAAAGUUGCACGUUACGUUAAUAAAUUCGAAGUACAGAGUUCAUUCGGCAAGCUCUAAUAUAGACAGUUCGGCGCCAUCGGCAAGACAUUCUAGAAGGCCCAGGGAAACUUUUGACGGAACCGAAGUGCUAAAGAAAUUUGCUGACUACGACUUCGGAGUAGCCGAGUUGACUGAUAUCCACUUAUCUCAGCGACACUCUAUGGGCUCUGACGGAUAUUAUCAACCAACUUGUGUGAUCACAUGCCAUUAGAUUACGUAUAAAAAAUGUUUAAGCAAUAAAGAUUUUUAUAUUGUUGAAAAA